AUGUCCUUCUUCCAAUCCUUCCUGAACCUAAAGCCCCAAACCCGCAUCCUCGUCGGCAUCGGCUUCCUCGCCUGGGGCACCGUCGGCCUAUACGUCACCGACCGCGCCGAAUCAAGACUCGGACUAGCAGCCACGGAGGAAGAUCGCCAGGCGUUGAAGAGCGGGCUGCCUAGGAUACAGAUUGUCGAACGGGAGGAGAGGUGA